CAUUGAUAAUAUGAAACAGCAUUUUCAAUGAGAAGAAAAAAAUAAAUCGCACUUUAAAAAAAGAUUUAACUGAAAUUAUUACGCUUAAUAGUUUGUCGAAAAAAUGAAAAAAUGGGAAAAUGCAGGUUAUAUAUUGGGAACAUUAUAUUUGAAUAUAAGUGUCGUUAAAUUUUGGAAAUAGCAAUUUAAAAUUAAUAGUUUAAACCCUCUCAAAAUCCGGAGUUAAUUAGCACGAUUGCACUUCAUAAACCAAUCAAUGACUCUGAAACAAAAUCUUAAGGCUAUGUAUAAAACAUUUUCACCGAUGAUCUGUAUCGUCAAGUGAUAAGUGGAUGUAAGAGAGUCCUCGUUUUCUGCUCGGCUACAUUCUGACUGAUGAUAACGCCGACUCAUGUUCAAAGAUGGUUUCAGUACGUCUCUCAUUCAUUGAAAGUGUUACAAUAAUAGUCGAUCGAUGACAAACAUUUUAAACUAAACUGUUAUUUGUUUUAAAAAAUAAUAAAAAUAAUAUUUAAACAUUGACAGAGAAUUCGCGUUAAAGUUUCAAGUUCGUUAUCUAGUGUUUCAGUGGAAUGUAUUUCAUUCAGUAUGGAUGGAGUAUUUCGAGGAUUAAGUCCGUGGCUUUCUGUUUCCAUAAUUUGUGGAUUAACUUUAUCUACAGUCGUUGAUGCUAAUUGGAUGUACUUGGGUAUCUCUGCAGUGAGCACAAGCGUUAUACAAGACGAUACGUGUGCAGAGGUUCCCGGCUUGGUAUCCCCACAAAUAGAAGUGUGCAAAAACAACCCAGAAUCUCUGUUAUGUAUUAGCGAUGGUGCCCGGCUCGGCAUCUCAGAAUGCAAAUUUCAGUUCAGAAAUGAACGUUGGAACUGCACAACGAAUACAAACUACACGGUGUUUGGAGAUGUUCUAAGAAAAGGUACACGCGAAACAGCGUUUAUUUACGCGAUAUUGAGUGCUGGAGUGGUGUUUGCCACAACCAAAUCUUGUAGUGCUGGGAAUUUAACUGAGUGUUCAUGUGACAUGGCUCAUUAUGGAGAACAUGAUGUUGAUGGCUGGAAAUGGGGAGGAUGUAGUGACAAUAUACAAUAUGGUUUGUGGUUCAGUAGAACGUUUGUUGAUGCUCCAGAAGUGAUGACUCACGAAAGUGGAAGAAACAUAAGAAAUACAAUGAAUCUACAUAAUAAUGAAGCCGGCAGAAAAAUUGCUGAAGAUGCGAUGUCUCUGAAGUGCCGUUGCCAUGGAGUUUCAGGGUCAUGCGCAGUGAAGACGUGCUGGCGCAGUCUUCCAUCAUUUCGUGAAAUAGGGGACUCUUUAAAAUUGAAAUACGAAAGGUCUGUUCCAAUAGCCCGCCGGUCCAAACGCAGACCAAGGCGUAAAGGAAAGACAAAACGCCGUCAACCAAUCAAAACUGAUGACUUAAUUUAUGUGCAUAAAUCUCCAAAUUAUUGUCGCCCGAAUAUCAAAAAGGGUAUAUUGGGCACAACUGGGCGUUUAUGCAACAAAACAUCAACAGGAAGUGACAGUUGCGAUUUGUUGUGUUGCGGACGAGGGUAUAAUACACAAGUCGUCACAUAUGUGUCACGUUGUCACUGUAAAUUCAUCUGGUGUUGUCAUGUUCAGUGUAAAACUUGUGAAACUAUGAUAGAGAAACAUACAUGUAAAUGACAGGCACUGCUGCUGUAGACAAUGUGGCGGAAUAGUUUUGUGGUCAGUAAUAUAUCGGCGGUAAAAAGGAUAUGAUAUUUCAAACUUCACUGCACGUGUAAAGUGGACGCCCUGUCAUGAUACGCAUUGAUGAGAUAGUGUUAAUUUGUAUAUAUCAGUGCAAUCAUUAAAUUUAAUCAUACGUCAGGCUGAAUAACGUUGACAUAAUCGGCAUCAAAAGAAGAUUUCGUUUUCUGGAACAGGGAGUAAACAGUUCGGUGUGACUGAAAAGACUAUGCACAUGGACGUUGGGUUGUUAUUGAAUUAAAUAUAAUAUACAUGCUGAGAUAUAUGAUAAAUGUAAGCUUAUCAUAUUGCAAAAAAAUGUUCCCGAAUAGAUUGUGUGUGUAUAUAUCAUAUAUAUUCACAAAUAUAUGCAUAUAUGGGCACACAAGGUAUAUCUGUCAUGUUUACAAAUGCAUGUUCUUUAUAGAAACCGUAAUACUGACUGAAAGUAUGUUUGUGCUCGCAUUGAAAUACCUUAAGCCUUUAAGCGGGGCGGGGGUGGCGGGGGGUGGGGGGAGGGUGGCAUAUACACACUGCCUUGGCCGGCCGUCCAGAAAUCUGGAUAUGUCUUCCUAGCUUUUCUCCAGAUAAAUAUAUAUUUCUAUAAGUGAACAUGGCAUAAUUGUUUCAUGCUUGGCUCUUUAGAGUUUUAUAAAUGCAAAAUAAUGACAUACUUGCCCGUAUAAAUUAUUUAGCAUUGUGCUUUCAUAAUUUUGUUCAAAGCUGGAAAUUAUAGAAACUUAUUAUACUUAAAAAGUGGUGUAUCUGUAACAGUUACUGAACUUCAUCCCCUUCUGCUGUUUGGUUAUUCAUUUUUGUUCGAUCUGCAAUUGUCACACCUCCUUCGUCCAGUAGUUUUUUAUUCGAGAAGUAUACAUCAAUUUACUGAUGGCUCUUUUCUAAAUUUGUUUCAUAUUAAUUGACAUUUAUUUCAUAAAAAAACAUUCUGUAAGACAAUAGCUAAGUAUAAUCUGCUUUUAAAAUGUUCAUAAGUAUGUAUAUAUGAUAACAAUAAUUAUAUAUUUAGUACUUAACAUUCAGGCGUAAGUAAAAGGUCUCUGAAUUAAUCAGUUGAAGAUAUUACUGACCAUGGUGUUCAAGUCAUCGUCAGUCAUGUCAGGUUCCGCAAGUGACAACAUGUAAGCAUAUCUUGUUUUUUUGAUAAGGCAAAAGCAUGUUUUUCAAUAGUUAUAGUUUAAGUUACUGGAAUACGUCGUAAACUUAGGUUAUGUCCGAUUCCUACAAUCCUUAAAUCGUCUCGUAUACGUUUUAAGAGAACAACCACACAAUGGUAAGUUACUUUUUCGCCCCCGCUGCAGAUGGAGGGAUAUAGUAUUGGUGUAGUCCGUCCGGUAGAUCGUCCGUCCGUCGUCCGAAAUUACAAAUGCGUAUAAUUCGAAAUGAAUGUCAACUAGAAUCAUCAAACCCCACAUGAUAAUUAAUCAACACAUGACCUUUGCUCGCAUAUGGUAUUAUCCCCACCCCCUUGAGGCAGUACAAGCAGAGUAUCCACCCUUGGUGUCUUUGAAAGUAUAGUUCAAUAGUAUUUCGGCCAGAAUCACCAAACUUUACAUGAUUAUAAAGUUGCACAUGACCUUUACUUACACAUUGUAUUAUCCCCCUUGAUCCAGAAAAAGAACCCAGUUUCUCCCCUUUAUUUGGUAAAAAAAGCUUAUUAUUCAGUCUUUCAAUUAGAAUUACCAAACAUCUUAUAAUGAUUAAUUAACACAUGACCCUUUGCUCACAUCUAGUAUUAUUCUCCUUGACCCAGUAAAGACAGAGUAUUUGCCCUUAAUUUGGUAGAAAAAUGGGAAUUUUUGACUGUAUCUAAAUAACCUGUUGACGGAUCUUCAUAAAACUUUACAAAAAUAUAGAUGUGGUGCACGUGCAGUUUCGUCAGGAUCACUUCAUUAAUCAGAGAAAAAUAUAGUGCCCUCAUUCACAAAACAACUUAUUUGGCGCCCAGGGGGAUAUAAAUUCACCGAAUUUGCUUGUUAUUAUUAUUAUUGUAAAUUAUUCACUUUACAGUUUUAGACAUGUGUUGUUAUUUGACUUCUGUUUAUGUGUUGUAAAUAUGCGAAUGUUAUCUGCUGUUUCAACGACGUACCUCUUGUUCUGGUUGUACAUAUAGUAAGGGACAGUCAUUUGAUAAAUAUACGGUCUACUCACUUAUGAGCCGCACCAUGAGAAAACCAACAUAAUGCAUUUGCGACCAGCAUGGAUCCAGACCAGCCUGCGCAUCCAGACCAGCCUGCGCAUCCGCGCAGUCUGGCCAGGAUCCAUGCUGUUCGCUAACGGUUUCUCCAACUGCAAGAGGCUUUGAAUGCGAACAUCAUGGAUCCUGACCAGACUGUGCGGAUGCGCAGGCUGGUCUGGAUCCAUGCUGGUCGCAAACG